UUACCCUUCAUUCAUUUGCUCUGAGUGUAAAUGGCAGCUGGGUACACUUUCUUCCCCUACGCUAUAUGAUCCCUCACGUUUCAUUAUUCUUGCUGCUCUUUAAACGAUAGUGCCACAGUAACUGAGCAGCGUUUUUGGCUACAGUACAAAAAUCCCGUGGUACAUAUUUAGGAUGUUCCGAUACACACCCACGCUAAGCCUGAUUGACGCGUCAGUGUCCUGAGGCGCAUUUUUGAACGAGGAGGUUUCCCCGUGUGCUUGAUUACGCCAAAGCGAGUCUGUUUGCUCUGUGAAUAACAUGGGAAGUACUGCAGACAACGUUAUUUACACGCUCCUUAUCCAUUCAGACGGCCCCACAGGUGUGAAGGGCAGCGGGCAGCGGGCUGGUAGUAGAUAGAGGGAAAGGAACCGAUCACUGAAGAACGCGUUUCCCCUUCGUCGUUGUUGUUUUAGCUGAUUCAGCUGAUUUAAAACACAUGAGCGUCAUGUUGAUCAUUUGCUAAUGUGUAAAGUGGUUAGAAUGAUGUUCCUGGAGGUGUGUAUGUGCCCUUGGUUCUCUUUGUGCUGUUUGUCUUUACGCAAGCCCACUACAACAUGCGCUCGUGCGCUCUGAUCCGCUCGCGCUGCUGGAAGCCCCAGCAGGAGUGGGCGGCACCAGCUGGCGCAGUGAUGCUCGAGCCGGAGAACAGCGCUGCAUUCAGGUGCCACAGGAAAUAACACGCUCACAAGCCUCUUCGUUAAAGCAACUGGAGAGUAUGUUCCCCUUUUAACACUUAACACGCACACGCUGCCUUAUUUGUACGAAAAGUGACGUCCUUUAUAGUCAUCAUGUACGACUAAUGGGGGGUGCGUCGGUUAUUAAUUUACUGUAAGCAGAAGACUCUCUCUUACUCUAGCCCCAGCGUGUUCCUCUCAUGUACUACCAUCACAUUCAUGCCACACAGCUGUGUGUCUGAUUUUCAGAAAAAGAAAUAACCAUCAAUCUUUGAUACACCUAGAAAGUCAUUUAACAAGCUUAAUGUAAAAGUGGUUCUCUCACUCUCACCCUAGCCAGAAUAGCCUCAUUUAUAAUCAAUCAAAACAGUUGACCAAAAUAAUGUCAGCCCUACUCGAACCAAAAAGCCAUUUCAUAGUCAACAUAAACAUUGGCACAGUAGAAUUAUACCAGUGAUAUCAUACAACCUGCUGUAAAAUCUGCCCCACGAGGUGAGGUGAAGCACAUUAUAGGCUGGAGUUUCAUAAGAACGGUUAACUAAACGUCAUCUUUUUGAAAAUUGCAAAAAAAAUAGGAUUCACUCCCCAACUCUUGUAGGAAUAACUAGUUGAAAACUGAGGCGGACAGUCGUAGGGCAUCACCUGAAAGCUGAGAUCAGUUGUAGCCAGGUAAGGCAGGAAAGCCACAUUUCCAUGUUUUCCUGUGGGAAUUGAAUGCAACAUCAUUGUAAAUCGUUUUGGCGAGCUCCCUGCGCGUUAUCACUCUGCUGCGUGUGAGUGGGUCAUCUCAUUUAGACAGACAGCGUCCUCACAGGGAGGGACGCCUCUUAGCAGAGAAUACAGUCAUUCUGGCAGAUAAAGUCCUGAAGGCAGCAUUCAUUUCGACCUGAACUGGCUUCUGGAGUCGUCUCAUUGAGAGACACACUCUGUGUAGAUACAGUCGCUUCAUUGGGACAGAUAGUUGAUUUUGGACACAUUCGGCAGGCAGCACUUUCUACAGUAGUCUAUCAGCUCUCCAAAAGAAUGAAUAAGUGGUAGCUCUCCGUCCCGCGUUCCCAGCUACAGCGCACGCGGCUGUGAAGCCACGGAGCACGCGGACAGAGAAGUGCUGUUGCAGAGAGCGAGGGCACCGGAGACCUGCUGGAUCUCUGAAGGAACCCCGAGCCUUGGAAACCAAAUGCAGCGACAAGAGGAUGGCGACGAGCCGGCCGGGAGCUUCCAGCAGCGCGACAGUGCAGAGGAGCCCGGUUUUCCUCCCCUGGUUUGUGAGCACUCAGGCAGCCUGCAGCAGGAGGAUCCCGCCAUGAAGAGGAGUGACAACUACCUGCCAGUCCCUGGUGAAGAGAAGAACCUGGAUGUGGACUUUGUCAACAUCAAGGCCAGGAGCAAUGAGUCCAUACCAAUGAAAAAUCUUUAUGCAGAUGAGGGCUCGCCCCUGUGUAAACGGCUAGGCCCAUACUUCUCUGAUGGGCGGCGGCGGGUGGACUACGUGCUGGCAUACCACAUCCAGAAGCCCAGCAGCAUCCGGCGCCGGUCGUCCAGGUUUAGCGACAACAACUUCAUCCGACGGCUUCGGCGCAGCCUGAGCAUGAGAAGCAGCCGAGCACCACUACAGCCAAAGGAAGACCCGGAGAUCGCCGCCCAGGAGCAACGGACUGACUAUCAUGAGGAUGACAAGCGCUUCAGGCGGGAGGAGUUUGAAGAAAACCUCCUGGAGACGGGGCUGGAGCUGGAAAGAGAUGAAGGGAGUAAUAUCCCUGGAAUCGGCUUCUUGAAGAUCCAUGCCCCUUGGAACGUUCUGUGUCGAGAGGCUGAGUUCAUGAAGCUCAAGAUGCCAACAAAGAAGGUUUACGAUGUGAAACAAGGCAGUAAUCUGGUGGAGAAGAUCCGACUGUUCAUUCACAAAGCAACAGCUCCUCUCCACCCAAAAGUAGACGCCAACCGGCCACAAAGCAUCAAAUCCCUCUCUCACCCUUUCUCCAGAGAGAAGCAGCAUCUAUUCGAUCUGUCUGACAGGGACAAGUUCUUUGACAGCAAGACCAGGAACUCAAUAGUCUAUGAGGUACUGAAGAGGACAAGAUGCACCAGAGCCAAGUACUCCAUGGGGAUCAUCAGUCUGCUAGCCAAUGGCGUCUAUGCGUCUGCUUAUCCUCUGCAUGAUGGAGACAUUGAGGGGGUGAAUGCAGAGCCUAACGACAGGAAGCUGCUGUACGAGGAGUGGGCCAGCUACAGUGUCUUCUACAAGUACCAGCCUAUUGGCCUCAUCAGGAAGUAUUUCGGGGAGAAGGUUGGACUGUAUUUUGCCUGGUUAGGAGUCUACACACAGAUGCUGAUCCCUGCAGCCAUUGUCGGAGUCAUCGUGUUCCUCUACGGCUGUGCCACUGUCGAUGAUAAUAUACCUAGUAUGGAGAUCUGUGAUCCCAGGAACAACAUCACCAUGUGUCCGCUGUGCGACCGCGCCUGCAGCUACUGGAAGCUGGUGACAGCGUGUGGAACGGCCCGAGCCAGCCACCUGUUCGACAACCCAGCCACCGUCUUCUUCUCCAUCUUCAUGGCCCUCUGGGCGGUUCUCUUCAUGGAGCACUGGAAGAGACGGCAGAUGCGACUCAACUACGUCUGGGACCUGACGGGCUUCGGAGAGGAGGAGGAGGAAGGACAUAAGGACCACAGCCGCGCGGAGUACGAGUUCCACGUCAUGCAAAAGACAAUGAGAAAGGAACGUUCCACCCCGAAGGGUGAGAGGGUGAAGCUGACAUGUACAGACAGACUGCCAGCUUACCUGACUACUGUGGUCAUGAUGGGCUUCAUGGUCCUUGUGACGUUUGCCAUAGUCUUCGGGGUCAUCCUGUACCGGAUUAGCAUUAAAGCAGCCCUGCACAUGAACACCUACCCUGCAGCACGGUCCAACAUCAGAGCCACUGUCAAAACCACUGGCGCCAUCAUCAACCUCAUCAUCAUUAUCAUCCUCGAUGAAGUCUACGCCGCCAUUGCCCGAUGGCUCACCACACUGGAGGUUCCAAAGACAGACAAGAGCUUUGAAGACCGCCUCAUCUUCAAAACUUUUAUCUUGAAGUUUGUCAAUGCCUUCACACCCAUUGUCUACUUGGCCUUUUUCAGGGGCAGGCUUGUUGGGCGGCCUGGAAACUACUUGUAUGUUGUUGGAUCGUACAGAAUGGAAGAGUGUGCCCAUGCAGGCUGCCUCAUGGAGCUGUGCAUCCAGUUGUGCAUUACCAUGCUGGGCAAGCAGCUCAUCCAGAACAACCUGUUUGAGAUUGGCAUUCCGAAGCUGAAGAAACUGCUCCGUAGGAGGAAGUCGGAGUUGGACUCAAAGCAAGAGGAGGAGCUGAACAAAACCCUGCAGCGUCAUGAGAAAGACCACUUCCUGGGUCCUUUCGUUGGCCUCAGCCCUGAGUACAUGGAGAUGAUCAUCCAGUUUGGGAUGGUGACUCUUUUCGUGGCCUCCUUCCCUCUGGCUCCGCUCUUCGCUCUUCUGAAUAACAUCAUCGAGAUUCGCUUGGAUGCCAAGAAGUUUGUUAUGGAGCUGCGCAGGCCGAUUGCAGCCAAAGCCAAAGACAUUGGUAUCUGGUACAACCUCUUGAGAGGCCUCAGCAAGGUAGCAGUCAUCGUUAAUGCCUUUGUCAUCUCCUUCACCUCUGACUUCAUCCCACGGCUGGUCUACCAGUACAUGUUCAGCCCUGACGGCACCAUGCACGGCUUCGUCAAUCACACUCUGUCUUACUUCAACGUCAGCGACUUCCAGCCAGGAACAGAACCUCUCCAGCCAAUGCACCUGGGCUACACGGUAGAAAUAUGCAGGUAUAAGGACUACAGAGAGUCUCCCUGGUCCAGCACACCAUAUGAACUCUCUAAGGAGUUCUGGGCCGUUCUGGCCGCCCGCCUCGCCUUCGUUAUUGUCUUUCAGAACGUGGUGAUGCUUAUGAGUGACUUUGUGGACUGGCUGAUCCCGGACAUCCCCAAAGACAUCAGCCUCCAGAUGCACAAGGAGAAGAUCCUCAUGGUGGAGCUCUUUAUGAAGGAGGAGCAGGGCAAAAGGCUUGCAGUGCGGGACAACCACAACCAGGACAACUGCACCUCCCCCUCAUCAGCCAGUCAGAGUCCACCACAGCCCCGCUCACGGCCAGCCUCGCAUGCUCUGGGAAAACAAGCACAAACAGCAACAAACACCUGUACAUAAGCGGGUCAGCUGCACAAAGCCAGCUGGUUAUCCAUUAACACAUGAUCAGUUUUAAUAACCAGCAAAGCUUUUGCUGCAUUCACUUUUCUUGGGAAUAACAAUUAAAACCUAAACUUUGACGUGUUCACGUUAGAAUUCCUUCACCUUGGAAACUGGUUGUUUGCCUCUUUUUAACACUUUUCCCAUGUUAAGAUGUUACAUUUUACAGCAGGCCAGACAUUAACCAAACAUCCAGCAAGUAGUUAGACAAAACUCGGUCAAUAGGAUUUAUGAUCACAAAACAUUAUUUAUUGGAUGUCUUUGAAAGGAGCAAGCCAUUAGCUUCAUUUGACUCGGAAUUUCCUUGUUGAUGAGAAAGCAGUGCCAAACCCCACCCGCAACCUGAUGUGAAUCAUAUUUUUAAGCAGUAAGUUCAUACCUGCCACCUCUCCCACGGGACUUGAAUGCAGCUUUUGUAUUGAAUCCUCCGUCAAUUCGUCCAAAUGGUCCUGCUGAGAAGAAUUUCCUCCUGCUAUCUUACUGGUGAGAUACAACACAAAAGUGUAAAGCUCAGAUAUGCCUUUUUUAUUUUUUGCCCAAUUAUAUACAAAUGCAGGAAUGUAUUUUAUGUAAUUUUCUGAAUAUGCAACACGGUCAGGCACAUGUGCUUUGGUUGUUGCAAGGUGUUGGAAGACCUGUGUCAAGCAGCCUGUUGAUUUGUACUGUUCUCUUGUAUGAGCACCAUAUUGAUCAUUGUUACAUUUUGAGUAUGAGCAAACUGCCUAACAGUGCUCAGUGGCAUUAUAACGAGAAGCACACGCAACAUUUUGAUUCAUUCCAAUGAACUGGAAUUCUUAAAGCUGCAAUUGACAAGAUUUACAGUAUAAACACAAAGUGAUGUCACGCUCCAUCUCACCUCGCUGAGAUGCUGUACUGUAGGUACUUCCUGUAUGUCCUGUUUACCCUUACCAAAAUCUGGUAUAGGUAUAGAGAGCCAUCUUUUCCACACAUGACGUCAUGAAAUGAAAAUAAUUCCAAUAGUGUUUCUUAAAGCUGCAUUAAUCAUUAGUGAUUUUUUGGUUUUGUUUUUUUGGCCACUUGGGGGCAGCAGAACAAGCUGAAAACACAACACAGACAUAUUGUCACCAUAUAAAAUUGUUAUGGCGAACGUGUUUGCAAACAAUUAUUUAUCCACAACAGAGCAAAACACAUGAACACAGAGCAAAAUUAGCAUUGAUUUGGAGUGUUUCUGGCCACCCAGUCCAGUAUUAACUGUGCUUUUAGCUCAAGCAGCUAAAGAUAUUUUUCUCUGGCUCUUUGAUUAACUUGUACCAAGCUAAUUGCUAGCUUUAUCUGUCUGCUGUUUGGUGCUGAGCUGGUAGUGUACAGUCAGUUUUAUCUGAGAAAACAUCUGCCUGCUGCUGGAAAAAGGUUGAUGCAAAGAAGUUUGCAGGCUGUAAAACCAAAACAAUGAGCUGCAAGAAGUUAAAAAGCUCUGUAGAGCUGAGGGGAACUGCAGAGUUGUUGAUAAUUCUGUGUGUUCGUCAUUACGAGUAACACCUUUUACGUUAGUAACAUUACACAGUAAUGUGAUUUAUGGUUAAUAUUUAAAAAAAUGAUUAGCUGCUAUAAGAAGCACGACUCCAUAUGGAUGCUAAUGUUGUUCUGUGUACAUGUGCCAUAUCAACUUAAAAGCUGCUGCCCCCCAGUGGCCACAAAAUCAGUUAAUGCAAGUUUAGGUAACUGCAAGCAAGAGAGACUCAUUUAAUCUUUUGCCUCCCUUGUUUAUUUGGUGUCUUUUGGAUCAUCCACAAACUGGGGAAGAGUUUCCUGUAAUUCUUGACAGAAUUGUUCAUCAGUCCCUUUUGAACCACUGAUGUUGGCUUAUGCAGCUUUAAAGAGCCCAGAAGUAAAUGUUUUUUGUUUCACUGAUUAAAACCAUAAAAGCCAUUUACACUUUUGUAUAUUGUGAAUCUGCUCAGCUUUAUUUAUUAGAGGGCUUUGCUGAGUCAAGUCAAAGUUUUCCCCAUGCAGCAAGCCAUAAUGAUAUUUGUUAAAGCAAGCUAGCUAGUUAGCAUAGAGAGCUAGCCACUGUUAAUUUAAAUGAAAAUGUCCAAUUCAAAUGUAUGUUUAAUCAGUUACGGCACAGGUGUGCUGAUGGAUGAGUACUGAGAAUGGAGCUCAAUGUACUCGUGUUUAAAGCCACGUGUACUGGCACAAGGAUGUGUCCAGUGUGUGCCAUCAUGCUCAUAUAACAUCAGACAAAUGCAUCUGGAGCAAAUGGGAUUGAGGAAUGUUGCCACAUUGAUAGCAAUGUGAGAUUCAAAUUUAAAGGGACUGUUUCUGCUAAAGCAGGAACUUGUUGACGUCUCUGGAAAGCAGCGGCAGUGUCUUGCUCAGGUGACAGCUGGUGAGCGAGGCGCGGCUGUACUGACUCUUACCCUGCCUAUAUUCUCCUAGCUGCGCCAGGGAUUCAAACCAUCGAUCGAUCCUCUUCUCUGAGCUAUCACUGGCUCAUUUGAAAUGUCCAUUCAGCAGUUUUCAUACAGAGGGACACAGUGUGAAACCAGGAGAGGCAGCACUGUUUCAUUAUUAUUAUCUUGCCUUAUAUUAACCGCAUAAAUCAUUUGACAUUUUUCUAAAGCUGCAACUCUUUAACUAUUCAAGCACAAAGACGGAAUAAUAUUUUGUUUUGUAUUUCUCAAAGUGCAAAAACAUAUGUGGGAGUGACUGGAUAUCCCUUUGAAGAACGUACAUCUACUGUAGACUGGAAUGUGCGGCCUGCUUUUAUUGAUGUGUCAAAUGCUGCCCCCUGCUGUAAAUAUAUUGAACUACCCCAAAUUUAAGCCCUUAACCCAUACGUGUUCAGUGAUGUAUAAUCACGUUUAGGUCAAAAUGUUGCAUAUCUUAUCAUGACAAUGCAUUUCUAAGUGUAUCUAAUGUGUUGAAAGGGUUUUAUCAGCCCACAGGGGACCACUGAUCUAUCAACUAGAGACUUUCACAAUGACAGUGAUGUACUUUAUCUUAUUGUCUUAAUUUUAAUUCUAUAUUUAACCAUCAAUAUGGACCUAUUUCGCUGUAUCUGGAAGGGUGCCUGGGAAAACAUCUUCCAAUACAGCCUACAAAGACGUUACUUCUUUCCGGAAUAUUUCUUGCUCUUUUGAGCAAAAACUGCACAUUUUAUUACCAAAUCUUAAUACUAUUAAUACUGUGUAUGUAAGUAGGGUUAGUGUUGAUAUUCAGUGAUUGAUUCCGUGCAGCCACAGGGCUGCGGAGCCUGUUUUAGCUAGAAUAGUUUUUUCUUCUAACCUGAUGUCACGUGUGAGGCCCCUCCCUCGAUGUCCCUCAGGUGAUGUCCUUCUCCUGCCGUCUGUUGCCAUGCUGUAUUUACAGCAUCAGUAAAACACUACAAGUUGAGACAUGCUAAUGUCUAUGAUAAUGUAUGCCCAUUUCACAACAUGAGUGAGUGUACGUAUAUGCAUGUAUAACCGAUUUGUCUGUCUCUGAUAUUUUGAGUCUCUUUUGUUUGAACUAACUGCAAAUAAAAGAUUAACUGCC